AUGAGCAGUAUUUGUGAGCUUAGUGACGAUUUGCUCGUGAAGAUACUGUCAUUGGUUAAGACAAAAGAUGCUGUUGCCACAAGUCUUUUGUCAAAACGGUGGCUUUCCCUCUGGAAACUGGUUCCAAGGCUUGACUAUGUUACUACUCCAUGGCAUUCGUCGGAUCCAAGUUCUGAUUUUAUCAAUAAUUUUCUGUUGCUGAGCGAGGCUCCAGUUCUAGAAACAAUGCAUCUCAGACUUGGGUAUUUUUGUAAACGUGAGGAACAUGAAAGAUGGGUUGAGAUUGCAGUGGCUAGACAUGUGCGCGUUCUUGAGCUUAUUCAUUCCACUUACCCUUCAACACCAAUGCCUUGUCCUAGUAGCUUGUUUACAUGCAGAGGCCUUGUGGUUUUAAGCCUUCAAGAAGUGAUGAUUUGGGAAAUUCCUUCGACAAUAUUUCUCCAGUCCCUCAAGACUCUGUCCCUUUUAUGUGUCAGGUUCUGCUCCCGCCGGGAUGAUGAACUCGUUCAUACGCUUUUAUCCGCUUGCCCUGUCCUUGAAACACUGGUCGUACGUCGAUGGCUCGAGGACUGUGUGACAACCUUCAACAUUGCGGUCCCAUCAUUGCAGAGCUUAUACAUCAUGCACAGACCAGGUGGUCAUGUACAGACAGAUGAUCGCGAGUGUGUAAUCAAUGCUCCUUCUCUAAAGGCUUUAAAAGUUUCUGAUGAGCUUAGUUGGUUCCGUCUAUUAGUGGAAAUGCCGAAGCUGGUGAAGGCAGAAAUCAAGAUUAGACAGGAUGACUCUAAGAAGCUUUUGAGAUGUCUAGCCUCAGCCAAACACCUUUCCUUAUGCGUUACCUCAGCCAAACAACUACUAACGGAGAAAUCUGUUGAGAAUCUCUGUCAGCUCGAGUACUUAGAGCUCUGUACUAUAUGCUCUUCAGAUUGGUUAUGUCUUCUACUAAAACAUUCCCCUAAACUGCGAGUUCUGAGGUUAAACAAUCAGACCUCUCAGAGAAACUGUUGCGGCUCGUCGAGAAAGAUCCGAGUUAAGUGGGAGGAACCAUGUUGUGUUCCUGAAUGUUUGGUGACGAGUCUCGAAACUGUUGAGUGGAUUGGGUAUGAAGGAACAGAAACAGAGAAAGAAGUGGCGAUCUACAUCUUAGAGAAGGCAAACCACCUAAAGAAGAUGACUAUAUCCCGACAUAUCACCAAUUUGAGAGAGAAAUACCGUACGCUGAUAGAUUUGGUGUCUAGGCUGAGCUGCUGUGCUAGCAAAUGUCGACUUGAGUUUGUGCGCUUGUAG